GUUAACUUGUUUAGCGCAUCCAGCCUUCCGUGAGAACGGAAUAAUCUGAAGCUAGAAGAACAUGGACUAAACAUGGCCCACAAUACAGGCCAGUUUUUACACGCUCUGGAAAGAUCCGAGGCUCGUCCGGACGGCGGCUACAAGCACAAGUGGAGCUUCCCGGUGUGUGCUGCCCAAGAAGAUGAGGACGAAGACUACUCCAGCGGGAUGACCACCCAGAAGACGGACAAGCAAGCGUCUACGUCCUCAGAUGGAAACAAGGCUCCCUCUUUGAGGCACUUUACCUCCGCUGACCCACUGAGGACAUACGAAAAGCGCUCAAGCAAUCUCGUGAGGCACACAAGGCUCAGCUUAGCUCCGCCCUCAGCCACUGCCAGCAACUACUUGACCAUAAGCCCCGCCCCUACGCAAGGUCUUGUCCUGCAGGGGCGCCUUUUUCAGCAUGCGCAGAUGACCUCCGCCUUCAGGAAGCCUGUCCAAAGGAACGACUCGAGCAGCGGUGGUGGUGCGCAGCAGGGGGCAGAAGUGGACAACAUCAUGCUCACGUGCUGCGGCGUGCCAGACGAUGACGGCUCGAACAUCAAACGUCUUGUCCAUCACAAGAGGAAGGCGGCGGAGACCGCAGCCGUCUACCAGACUGUGUGCGCCAAGUGCAGUAAACCGUGCGAGGAUGGCAUCGAGUGUCACCACUGCGGCAACAGGCCGGCGUGUCUCUCGCCCCCAUUGCCCCGAGCCCCCCUCCGAUCUCAGCCCUGCAGCCUGCAGAGCUUCUACAAGGCCUCCCCCGCCGGCGGCGGCAACGGCAGGCCCUCCCGUGCGGACGAUCUGCCCGCCGGGCUGGCCGGCAUCAAUGGGCGAUCUCCUCCGCUGGCCAGCGCCUCUUGCUGCUACGGCGCCCGUAAGUCGCCGAGAGGGAGGCGGAAGACGGCGGCCCAGCAGCACCACCUCGACCACCCAAUCGUCUUGUCCAGCGACGACGAUGCCGACGACGACGGCGCGGGAAGCGUGAGCCGACUGGACAGCGUGUCGCCGCAGCCCGCAGACUCUGCGCACUCGUCGCCGGCGCCCUGCGGCGGUCGAGUAGAGGCGGCGGUGAAAAGCAGUGGCGAGCGGGAGGAGCUGGGCACAGACUUCUUUGAUGACAUCAACAUGAAGAUGUUCAUACCUCGCCGAACCAGGAUGAAGGACCAGUUCGGAAAACAGCUGAGGUCUCCCAGAAGCAAGCGUUCCAAAGCGGAGUCGGGCAAGUGCGGCAGCAUCAUCCUGCAGUGUCGGAGCGUCCGCGUGGGAACGCUGCGCAGGAUGGUGACCAAACCCGUGGUGUUUUCUGUGGAGCACAUCCAGCUGGAAACUGAAGGGCCGGAGCUAAACAUGGUGGAGAAGGUGUCCCUGGGCGCCUCGGAGCUCAUUAGCUGCGAGUGGUGCAGCGUCCGCAAGCUCCCCGUCUUGUUCUUCCAGACCACACCCGACGAGUGUGUCCGUCUACGCUCGCAGCUCAACAUGACUCAGGAGGACUGUGGACAGUGGUACGACUGCACGGGACAAGAGUCUGACGAGAAGUACAUCGUCCUGAUCUUCAUGGACGGCCUGGACAUGAAGGAGCAGAUGAUCCUGGAGGACAUCUUGAGCGAGAUCGGCCAGAACAACAACAUUAGCAACUUUCCCGCCAAGUUGCCCUUUGACGAGGCCAACACGCGUCUGGUGAACUUCAACAAGGCCACCAAGCAGAAGCAGGACAAGUUGAAGGGUGGUGUCCCUGUUGCGUCUCGGUGCUCACCGCUCAGCAGGACCUUCAACGCUCCGACCGUCUUUGAGCACGACCAGCGGGACGCGGCCGACCUGCAGCCCACCUUCAUCGGCCCGGUGGUCAAGUUGAUGGUCUAUCCGCCUCCUCCGGCCAAAGGGGGCAUCUUAGUCACAAACGAGGACCUCCACUGCCUUAACGACGGAGAAUUCCUUAAUGAUGUUAUCAUAGAUUUUUAUUUAAAAUAUUUAGUCCUGGAGAAACUAAAGAAAGAGGACUCCCAAAGAAUCCACGUGUUCAGCUCCUUCUUCUACAGACGUCUCACCCAAAGGGAGAAGGGGAGCGCUCCCGAUAGAAGCAACAACCUUCCGAUCCACAAACGCAAGCACAACAGGGUGAAGACGUGGACGCGGCACGUGGAUCUGUUUGACAAGGACUUCAUCUUCGUUCCCAUCAACGAGUCGGCUCACUGGUACCUGGCGGUCAUCUGCUUGCCGGGCAGCGACCCGCCGUCGGACGAGCUCCCGGAUCACUGCCGCCCGCUGUCCCCGCCGGACAUGGACGUGCUGGACGCGCCCCCGCGGGAUCCCGCCCCCCCAGGGGAUACACCGCCACGGGACCCCGCCUCUGAGCAGCACACGCCGGCACACGACUCCACCGCCAAGGGGCGGCCUGAGCUACACUACCCCAACGAGUUGCAAAGAAUCAGCAUGUGUUAUGCAGAUGACGACAACACUUUGACGUCUGACGAGCAAAGCUCCAAUCAGGACGAAUGCAGCGACGACAGCGCACCGGCAGAGGACUCCUUGGACUCGGCCUCCGACGCAUCGUCUCGGGCCUGGAAAGCCGACCGCCGCAAACAGUCCUGUAUCCUCAUCAUGGACUCUCUGCGCGGUCCCGCCAGGUCCACGGUGGUCAAAACUCUGAGAGAGUACCUGGAGGUGGAGUGGGAGGUGCGCAAAGGCAGCCAGCGCACGUUUGGGAAAAACCUGAUGAAAGGCUCCAGUCCUCGUGUGCCUCAGCAGGACAACUUCAGCGACUGCGGCAUUUACGUCCUGCAGUACGUGGAGAGCUUCUUCGAGAAUCCCAUCACAAACUUUCAGCUGCCCCUCAACCUGUCCGAGUGGUUCCCUCAGCAGAGGAUGAAGAGCAAACGGCAGGAAAUCAGGAGCUUGAUCCUGCACAUCCAAGCGAGACAGGAUGCCCAUAAGAACCGUCCCGAGCGGCCAGAGGCGGAGUGGCCUGAGGCCUCGUCCGCUUCCUCGGAAGAGCCGGCCAUCGAAGAGACUUAGACGGCGGCGAACCCGCGACCGCCGGCCUCUGAACUUGGAUUGUACGCUGCUGACGUGUUUCUCUUCUCUGCUUCCCGAUCCACCUCCACCAACACCUUUGACUUCGUAUGAAUAAAAGUCACGUGUAUGUUCC